AUGCCCGAUACCCUCACUCUCCAAGGCAAAGUCGCCAUCGUCACCGGCUCAGGCCGUGAAAAUGGCAUUGGCGCUGGUAUUGCCCUCGCCCUCGCUCGAAACGGUGCCUCAGUCGUAGUAAACUACGUCUCCGACUCUUCCAAGCAUCGCGCCGAAAACGUGUGUGCCACUCUUCGUCAGGCAGGAGGAAAGGCCAUAGCUAUCCAGGCUCCAGUAGAUACUACUGAGGGAGCAAAGUAUCUCGUUGAUAAGACGCUUGAGGGGUUUGGGACCGAUCAUGUUGACAUUCUUGUGAAUAAUGCUGCGACGGCAUUUUUCUGCCCUAUUACUGAUGAACCGAACGUCGAGCAAUUGACGAAGGUCUUCCAGCUCAAUGUUCUUGGAGCUUUUUACAUGGUCCACUACGUUAUUGCUCACAUGCCUCCCGGCGGCCGUAUCAUCAACAUCAGUUCCACCAACGCCAAACGAGGAAAUGUCGCUGUCUCUGCGUAUGCAGCUUCCAAAGCCGCUCUUGAUAGCUUGACGUGGACAUGGGCUGGAGAGCUUGGUCGCAGUAAAGGUAUCACUGUCAAUUCAGUGGCUCCCGGCCCCGUGAGGACGGAGUUAUAUCCCAAGGGACACGAGGAUGAGUUGAUGAGGGCGGAGGUUGAGAUUACUAGAGCUGCUGAUCGGCCUGGAACGCCUGAGGAUAUUGGUGAUGCUGUUCUCUUGUUGGUUCAGGAGAAGUCUAGGUGGAUUACGGGGCAGUAUGUUGGUGUUAGUGGCGGCGUCACUUACUAG